AUGAAGACCUUCAUUGCUCUUGGUGCCUUAGCCGCCCUUUGCCAGUCCGCCUUCGGUCUCACAGAGGGAAGUUAUACAAUCGGAUCUGCUAGUCUUGAAAGCAACCAGGUCCUUAGCGAGAUCGGUCAAAGCAACUCGCCUCUUGGAUUUUCUCCCAUAAAUGGCGAUCCUAGCCAAACCUGGCUCUUCACUUUAGCCGGCAGCAACAACCAGCGCGAUUUCCUGAUCCAAAACAAUCUCGGUAGCUAUAUCAACUGCGGUGAUGAAGAAGGUUCUCCAUGCCUCGCUGGAACGAGGGAGGAGGUUUACACUGCCGAACUUGUUGGUGAGAACAGUUACCAGCUUGUUGCGAAGAGUUCCGGAUACUUCUUGCGUGCCGAUGGCGGAUAUUUGCAACUUGCUGGAUGGGAUCAGACCCCUAAUGAGGAGUUUGUCUUGCUUUCGACCCAAUAG